AUGGUUCUGCCGUGGCUGCUGAGAACUGGCUGUUACUUCGGGCUUAUAACUUGCGACACUCCCCCGGGUGUCUGGCCUGAAGGUAUCCCAAGUGUGAUCGCUCCUGUGCCUCCCUCACGCACCUCUGGAGUCACGACCAGCUCUCCCGGCAUUACUUCGUCGGUCCUGUCGUUCACUUCUUCCCCUCCUGUCACGGGGCCAUCGUCUUUCGUUACUACUACUUUCGCUUCCUCCGCUUCCUCUUCUACUUCAACCUCUCUACCUUCGUUUACUAGCACACUCGUUUCUGUCAGCACUCCCGUGAGUGCCUCUAGCACAAUGUCUCUAAUUCCUACUCCUUCGUCGAGUAUCAUUCCUUCCGCAACACCGUCCGCGUCGGUCAUUACCAAUGGUAACGUCGCCGGUGACAUUUUGGUGAUUGCGAAGGACACCGCUGCUGCUAAUGUGGCCACCUCGGGCCUCAAUGGCUAUGGUAUCCCUUUUACCACGUUGCUCGUUCCCCAGUCUGGUGUUGCCCUGCCCGAGCUGAACGGCACCGCCGGAGGAAACUUUGGCGGUAUCGUAGUUGCGAGCGAGGUCAGUUACGACUAUGGUGCCCAAGGCUUCCAGAGCGCUCUGACUACCGACCAAUGGAAUCAGCUCUACGCUUAUCAGCUCGAGUACAGUGUACGCAUGGUGCAGUAUGAUGUGUAUCCGGGACCCAACUACGGUGCCUCUGCCGUGGGUGGAGGAUGCUGCGACUCCGGUGUGGAGCAGCUUGUUUCUUUCUCGGACGUCAGUGACUUUAAGGAAGCUGGCCUGAAGACUGGUGCUGGCGUCAGUACGACAGGCCUCUGGCACUACCCGGCCACGGUCAAUGACACUGCUACCACCAAGGAAAUUGCUCGUUUUGCCGCCAACGGUAACUACGGUAGCGAGACCACUGCUGCAGUUAUCAACAACUUCAAUGGCAGACAGCAAAUGGCUUUCUUCCUGUCUUUUGACACCACCUGGAGUGCAACUUCCAACUACCUGCAGCACGCAUGGAUCAACUGGCUCACUCGGGGUCUCUACGCUGGCCACCGCCGCGUCAACCUGAACACCCAGAUUGAUGACAUGUUCCUCGAAACCGAUAUCUACCACCCCAAUGAUACGACCUUCCGUAUCACCCCCAGAGACAUGAAGGGUAUCUCUGAUUGGCUUCCGGAGAUCAACGGCAAGAUGAACCCUGGUAGCUCCUACUUUGUUGAGGUCGGACACAACGGUAACGGUGUUAUCGAAGCCGCUACCGGUGUGAAUGCCGAUGCCUGCAACGGAGGUGGUAUUGAAUACGACUCGCCUGCUGAUACUCCUCUGGAGUUCAAGAAGCCCCUGGGCACCGGCACUGAUCUUUGGCCCAAGGACCAGAUUGAGUACAACUGGACUACUGAGUGCACUCAGUUGGACGAUCUUUUCAUCUGGUGGACCACCCCAGCUAACCGCGACCAGUAUGGCCACAUCUCUCACACUUUUACUCAUGAGGAGCAGAACAAUGCCACCUACAACGACGUUAAGAGGGAGAUCUCUUUCAACCAGGCUUGGUUGAGACAGAGUGGUUUCUAUGAUGCCAAGUAUUUCACAUCCAACGGUAUCAUCCCUCCCGCCAUCACUGGGUUGCACAACGGCGAUGCCUUGCGGGCCUGGUACGAGAACGGCAUCACCAACUGUGUUGGUGAUAACACUCGCGCGCCGCUCCUCAACCAGCAGAACGGCAUGUGGCCUUACUUCACUACAUCCGCAUCGGAUGGAUUCGACGGUAUGCAGGUGAACCCCCGUUGGGCCACUCGCAUCUACUACAACUGCGAUACCCCUGCCUGUACCGUUCAGGAAUGGAUUGACACUUCCGCCGGCAGCGGUGACUUCAGCGACCUGCUCGCGACCGAGAAGGCCGACACCAUGCGCCAUCUCUUCGGCCUUCAUCGCGACCCUUACAUGUUCCAUCAGGCCAAUCUUCGCAAUGCCGACGUUGCCCAGGUUGAGAUCAACGGCGUGAAGGGCCAAUGGUCCAUCAUGCAAGCGUGGGUUGAAACUAUGGUGCAGGAACUCGUGCGUCUGGUAGACUGGCCCAUCGUCACCAUCACGCACCAGGAGAUGUCUGCCAACUUCCUCGACCGCUACAACCGUGAUCAGUGCAACUACUCCCUGCAGUACACCAUCGCCAACAAGCAGAUUACUGGUGUGACUUUGUCCGCCAAGGACAACACCUGCAGUGCCCCCAUCCCCGUCAGCUUCCCUGUCGCCCCCACCGACACCAAGGGCUUCACCACCGAACAGUACGGCAGUGACCCACUCACCGUCUGGGUGCAGCUGUCGGGAUCCCCCGUCACCUUCUCCCUCUCGACUCCUAUUCCCUUGUAA